AUGGUUGUUACCAGCGAACAAGUCUCCUUCUUCAAGGAGAAGGGCUACCUCAUCAUCCGUGACUUUCUGUCACCCGAGGAAGUCAAGAACCUUCAAAACUGGGCUCAGGAGGUUCAUGACUGGAAGCCUACCGCAGACUCCGAAUUUAUGCCAUACGAGGAGGUCAAUGCAGCCGGGAAGCGAGUGCUCUGCCGAACCGAAAACUUUGUGGAUUACCACGAUGGGUUUGACAAAUUGCUUCGUGGAGAGAGGCUCCUUGGUCUUUUGAGCGGUUUGGCUGGAGAGCCCAUGCACUUGUUCAAAGAGAAAAUCAACUACAAGCUCGCUGGUAGUGGUGGCUUUGCUCCUCACAUUGAUGCCGUUGCUUACACCCAGAUCAAGGACGUGAAGCACUUGACCAUUCUGCUCAGCGUUGAUCCUUCCAAUAUGACCAACGGAGGCUUGGAAGUUGUUGAUGGCAGUCAUGAGAUGACAAUCCCCAUCAAUGAGAAGACUCACUGUAUUGAGUCCGACUGGGUUGACUCUCAAAAAUGGGUUCCAGUUGAACUGGAAGCAGGUCAACUCCUCAUUUUCCCCUCUUAUUUGGCUCAUCGCAGCGGACCCAACAACAGCUCUGAUGACCGCAAGGCCAUCUACGCGACGUAUAACUUGGCGCGAGAGGGUGACAUGCACCGUGUGUACUAUGAGGACCGUAAGAAGGAAUGGCCAGCUACUCAUAUGCGCAAGGCUGGAGAGUCGUAUGCUAAAGGUGCUUUGACGUAUGGUUUUGGAUCACCUAUGUUGAGUGUAGAUGCUGGCAAACAGGUAGCUUUUUAA